AUGCCGUGGAAAGACCAUCUUAAACGUCUCAAGAAUGAAUUCGAAAACCUAGUCGGUGAGCCAAAAGCUCAAGACCAGCAGCAGCAGGAUCCUCACCAAUAUCCUCCACCGCCUCCUGUACCUCCUCAUCCACUUCAACCUCAGGAACAAGGCCACGUCUACUGGCAGCCCCAAUUCCGCCCCGAUGCUCCCGUUUCCGCUGAGUGGGACGCAAAGAUCGGUAACGGCCCGGAUGGCUGGGGUAAUCAGGAGCUACAGUACUACACCGCCGAUCAACAAAACGCCUUCCAUACACCUGAUGGAAAACUUGUUCUAAGAGCUAUCGCAAAUAACAGCGAAUCUGACAAUGAAAAGCGGUAUACCUCUGCUCGACUCGUAAGUCGCCAGACCUUGUCUAGAGACCAAGGCGUGCUCACCGCCUACCUCACCUCACCCUGCGCAAGCGGCAUCUGGCCUGCAUUCUGGCUUCUCCCGCAGGAGCCCUUUUCCUGGCCCACAGACGGCGAAGUCGACAUAGCGGAGACGUGGAACGGUGAUAUGGAGAAUCACUCCUGUCUCCACUGGGGACAGCACCAUGAGCCGGACAAGCAUCGCGUGCUUGGCACCAAGAUUCCCGACAUGCAGCAUCGGCCUGUGCGGUACGACCUUGCGUGGCUUCAGCAGGGUAAUCAGGGCAGAAUGAUUUGUUUGUAUAUGGGGAGUGAGCCUGAGUAUGGUGGUUGGCAUCGAUUUGAGAAUGAUUGGAAUGCUGCGCCUAUGGGCAAUACUUACUAG